GGUGCGCUCAGUUUCAACCGAUACUCGAACGACGUCGGACGCUUCCAUUUCGGUGAUACAUCGCGGUGUUGGCCUUAGGAUCAGUGCAGUUCUUGGUGGUACCUUUCUACUACGACUUUCGCAAGUUAUCGAACUAAAACGAGUGCCCAAAUACCCUCGGCAAUCGAUACUAAAUCAUACGGUACGAAGCGCAUAUGUGUUGUUAUUGGGUGGUGUUAUCGUGCCUAUUACCGAAUUAAUAAUUCAUAAACAGUGCGCGUAUAAAGGAAAAAAAGACGAUGGCUUCGAAUGUCCCAGCGCUGCAAGACGAUGAAAGAUUCGCUCUGAUGAAGUUUCGGCGGCAGGUGGCAGACGUGUUGAAACCUGAACACGAUGAUUAUUACCUGUUACGAUGGUUACGAGCACGUUCGUGGAACCCAGAAGCCGCCGAAAAGAUGUUGCGUGAGUCGAUGAAGUUUCGCGAACGCUGGAAUGCCGACGAGAUCGACAAAUGGCCCACGCCACAGAUCUUGAUAGACUUGGCCCCGCAUGGUGUGAGUGGAUUCGACCGGGAGGGUUCGCCAAUCAUCAUCAUUCCGUUUGCCGGGUUCGACAUCUGGGGUCUGCUGCAUACGGUCUCCCGGGCGGAUAUCGUCCGCAUGACACUGCAGGCCCUCGAACGCUACAUGAAGCUGGCCUACGAGCAGAGCCAAAAGAUGAACAAUCCCAACUGUCGGCAGUUUGUGGUAAUAUUCGACAUGGAGAAUUUCAACCUGAAGCAGUACGUGUGGCGACCGGCUAGCGAGGUGGUUAUUUCACUGAUCAAAAUGUACGAGGCAAACUAUCCGGAGAUCCUGAAGUGCUGCUAUAUUAUCAACGCACCGAAAGUGUUUGCCUUCGCGUACAACAUGGUGAAGAAGUUCCUCGGUGAGUACACCAUCGACAAGAUCAAAAUCUACAAAUCGGACCGGAACAAGUGGCUGCCGGCGAUUCUGGACCGGUGUCCGGCGUCACAGAUCCCGAAGUACUUCGGCGGAACCAUGACGGAUGAGGAUGGCAACCCGAAGUGCGAGAAGAAGCUCUGCUGGGGCGGAAAGGUGCCAAAGUCCAUGUACACCUCCAAGGAGGAUAGCUUUAACAACAACCUGACCUUCACCGAGACUGAGAUCAAGAAGGGCGGCAAGCUGAAGUUGGUGUUCGACUGCGAGGAUACCGGGUGCUUCUUGAAGUGGGAGUUCCGAACCUUCGACCACGACAUAAAAUUCGGCAUCAAAUGCACCAACAAGAAAACCCAGGAAAACGAAAUUGAAGUUCCGCUGAAGCGAGUAGCGUCACACCAGGUGGACGAGUCCGGAUUUAUCACGUGUCAACCAGGAUGCACCUACUCGGUCCUGUUCGAUAAUUCCUACAGCUAUUUCAAGACCAAGAAAAUCCGCUACUCGGUCCUGAUGACGACACCGCUUAGUGAAAUUGAGCAAACGGCCAGUGCAAUUACCAUCACGGAGGAGGCAGCCGAAGCAACCGAGGACUAAAAUGUAACACCCGAAGCACCAUUAUUAGCUUUAAAAUCGUUAAAUGGGUAAUGGGCAAUGAUUUUACCCAUUAUCGUCUUCCAAUUUAGUCAACACCUUGAUCUAUACCUGGAUGUAUGUAUAUCACAUUUGUACAUAAUGGAGUUGAGUUUGAACCAAUAAUUAGGUAUAAGCUUAGAUAGGUAAAAGGAGAAAAUAUUGUAAAAUAAAGAAAUGUCAGAGAAUAAACUUUGCACAUCCAACGAA